UGAGAUUGUAAUCCGCCAUAUACUAACUCGAUAACCCUGACUUUUUAGAAAUCUAAAAGUAUAACCCUAUAAUAAAAUAGAUUAUGUCCAACUCGCGGAUUCUAAACCUGAAUUGACAUGGCGGAACCAUUCAUAAAACCAUACCAAUUCUUGCGUUUUGGAAAGUUGGUUUCCUUUUCAUUUCUUUGAAUUUGAUCCUAGAUUGUGUAGUUCUCAAGCUCAUGCUCUUGCUCGUCAAAAACGUAUCAACGAUUUGCUUUUCCUUUAGACGUUCUUGCAUCGGAUUGGUUUACUCAACUCCACUCGAUGAAAAAGUUACUAUCUUAAAAAGAACAAAUGCAAAUUCAAUAAAAUUCCCCAAUAUCUACGCAUGAAAAUAUGAUUCUGUCUUUUUUUUGUUUGUCUAUCUUUCAAUACUUUAAAAAGUGUAUUUCUAGAGGCGAUUUGUCAUUUCCCGAAUAGGAAUUUGAGUAAAAAAAAACACUCUGUUUUUUAUUUCCACUAAUAUCAAAUCGGCGAAUAUAGUUCCCACCAUUCUUAUCUCCUUGUCGUCACUCGGAAUUUUUUAAAUAAUAGGAUCGCUUUAAUAAUAUAAUCUCUAUAAUUUAUAGUUCCUUUUCCAAUAUUGGCGUCUCCGUUGAAGCUUUCCACAAAUCUCAAAUUUGUUUGGAGACUCUCAAAUGUAUCCUUCUCUCGACGAUGAUUUCGUCUCUGAUUUGUUUUGCUUCGAUCAAAGCAAUGGAGCAGAACUUGAUGAUUACACACAGUUUGGUGUAAAUUUGCAGACUGAUCAAGAGGAUACCUUUCCAGAUUUUGUGUCAUAUGGUGUGAAUUUGCAGCAGGAGCCAGAUGAAGUCUUUAGUAUUGGAGCUUCUCAAUUGGAUUUGUCCUCGUAUAAUGGAGUUUUGUCGCUAGAGCCAGAACAGGUGGGGCAACAAGAUUGUGAAGUUGUGCAGGAAGAAGAAGUAGAGAUCAAUUCUGGUUCAUCUGGUGGAGCUGUUAAGGAAGAACAGGAACAUUUAGAUGACGAUUGCUCCAGAAAGCGGGCAAGGACUGGAUCGUGUAGCAGAGGAGGAGGAACUAAAGCGUGUCGUGAAAGGUUGAGGAGGGAGAAGCUAAAUGAGAGGUUUAUGGAUUUGAGCUCGGUUUUGGAGCCUGGGAGGACUCCUAAGACUGAUAAACCGGCUAUACUCGAUGAUGCAAUCCGUAUAUUGAAUCAACUUAGAGAUGAAGCUCUUAAGCUUGAAGAAACUAACCAGAAGCUUUUAGAGGAGAUCAAGAGUCUCAAGGCGGAGAAGAACGAGCUGAGGGAGGAAAAGCUGGUGUUGAAGGCGGAUAAAGAGAAGACAGAACAACAGUUAAAGUCUAUGACGGCUCCAUCUUCAGGGUUCAUACCUCAUAUUCCAGCUGCAUUUAACCACAACAAAAUGGCUGUUUAUCCAAGUUACGGUUACAUGCCAAUGUGGCAUUAUAUGCCUCAAUCCGUUCGUGACACAUCUCGUGAUCAAGAACUCAGGCCUCCUGCUGCUUAAACUCUCAAUUGUUUUUUUUUGGUACCCAUAGGGAACUCAUAGAGAUUUCUGAAUCACUUGGUUUAGGAUUCUUCCGUUUGGCAAGUGUAAAAGCUUUACUCUUGAUCUUGGGUUGUAUUUUUCUUAUAAAAUAAAUAUAACUCCAGAAACUUGUGAUUCUUCUC